GAGAGAGUUAAAAUUAUCCACGUAAAGCCAAUCCUCCUCAAGCUGAUCAGUGUGCUGAAUGGACUACUCACCUCAGGGACUCCAAACUUGCAACAGCAGGUAAGGGCACUCUGGAAUGUGAUGGAUCCUUAGAAGCCAAAGUUAAAAGGAUUAUUCCUGGCCAUCGAACACAGGAGGUCUUUGGAGCCAAAAGAAAUCACCUGUCUGGCGACGCCCAGGCACCCCAUCUCAGAGAGAGUGGAUGAAUCUAUCAGGAUACAUCAGCUGAACUUUCACAGCCUGUUAACCUGCCAUGGACCCAAGAAGCCUUGCAUGAUUCUGCAGGGUUGUUUUUCAGGCGGGCAGCUAGAGCUUGGCAGUGCCCUUUCAGUGUUUUUGGAAUCCUUCCUUAGAGUUUGCAUCAUUUAUCAGCUAAAGGAAAUUAAUUUAAUUGACAUGCUUUGCCCCAACACUUUUCAAUCAAAAGCAAAUGACCUCCAUUGAUGGUGUUCAUUCCCCCAAAACUAAAGCCUUUGAAGACUGUCAGUUGUCGCGAAAUAAUUUGGACUCAGAGCAAAUAUGGCCAAAGAUGUCCGUCCUCUGAGCCUCAUGUCUACAAAGUACAUGCAACAGGUGGGAGCCACUCUGGGUCUUGCUCUCCAACGUUUCCCCUUACGGUCUCUAAUUUUCUAUUGCUCCCUUUCAUGUGUAGCUGCAGCAGGUAGUUUACCUGGCAUAGAAUAUGACUAUGGCAUCAGCCCCAAGUUUGUUUGCACUCCCAUUCCCCCAGAAGCAGAUCCCAGCUGCUAUUCCCCUCCCAGUGUGCCCCAUGGACCAAGCAGCAACAGCCACAGUAAUGACCACAGUGGUGGGAGCAGGCGAGGCAUGAUGUCCGAUGAGGCCAAAGCCACUAUUUUGCACCUGCGUGAGAGCCUUGUGAGGCAGAAGGAAACCAUCCUGGACCAGCGGGAGACGAUCAGGGAGCUGACUGCUAAGCUCACCUUAUGUGAGGGAUUUGGGGGUCACCAUGACAAUCACCAUGACAACCAUCACGAAAGUCAUCAUGAUAACCAUCACGACAGCCAUCACAGCAACCACCAUGAUGACCAACAUGGGCAUCAUGCAUCAUUGUCGUUGCACCAUGGUCCUUCAGGAUAUCACAGCAACGAUCACCAUUAUUCCCACAGCGGUCACUACAGGAAGGGCUCCUCAUACAGCAAACACAGCUCCUUCUCUCCAGAACAGACCGGGAAAACCCUGCAGACACUCAAGGAGAGGCUGGAGAACUUGCAGGCCAGGAACUCCUCCAGCUCCUAUUCCAGCUCCCUGAGGGAACUCCUCCAGAGGAAGAUCAGUGCUCUGGAGGAGCAGCUACACAGCUACUACAGAGAUCACCAUGACUAUGGUCACCAUAAUGACCACCAUGGAGAUCAUCAUGAUGACCAUCAUAGCAGCGGCCACUACGAUAGCCAUCAUGAUGACCACCAUGACAAUGACCACCAUGAUGGCCACCACGAUGACCACCAUGAAGACCCUCAUAACACCCCUCACAGCAACCACCACAGCAGCCAUCGGUACAACCACCACACUGGACACCAUUAUCGCCAUCACAAUCAUCACUAUAACCACCACCAUGAUGAGCACCUUGGCCGACAUUACAGUCACUUUGGCAGCCACCAUAAUGAUAAUCACCAUCAUGAUGACCAUGGUCAUCAUGAUGACCAUGGCCAUCAUGAUGACCAUGGUCAUCAUGGGCAUCAUGAUGGCCAUGGGCAUCAUGAUCACCAUGAAGACCAUGGGCAUCAUGAUCACCAUGAAGACCAUGGGCAUCAUGGCCAUCAUGAUGACCAUGGCCAUCAUGGUCAUCACGAAGAUCAUCAUGAUUAUCACCAUGGACAUGAACACUAUGAUGACCACCAUGACCAUCACCACGACAACAAUCAUAAUCGCCAUGAUAACCAUCAUGGCAAUGACCACCAUGAUGACCAUCAUAAUGAUCAUCACCCACGACGCCUGCCUUACACCAGCAAAGAAUCAAGUCUGAGAGGCCCUGGACACAACAAGCUGGAAACAGUAAUGAGCCAACUGCAUCACAGCACGCCUGAUCAUGGGCACCAGAAGAAGCCAAAGAGUCCCACAGCCUUCCUGUUAGACUUCCCCAUGAGGACUAACUACAUGUAUGCCAGGAUGAAGCGGUCAGUAGUCACAGAGAUCUUUGCCUUGACCAUCUGCCUAUGGCUGAAGGCAGGUGCGGGUCCUGGUCUUGGCACUCCCUUCUCCUACGCGGUGCCCGGGCAGGCUAAUGAGCUGGUGCUAAUUGAAUGGGGCAGCAAUCCCAUGGAGCUGCUAAUCAAUGACAAGGCUGUGACGUUGCCUAUAACCAUGACAGAUGGGAAGUGGCAUCAUGUGUGCGUGACGUGGUCGACAGGUGAUGGUGUCUGGGAGGCCUACCAGGAUGGAGCAAAGAAAGGUUCAGGGCAGAACCUCUCAGCCUGGCACCCAAUCAAACCAGGAGGGAUUUUCAUCCUGGGUCAGGAGCAGGACACAAUGGGAGGCCGCUUUGAUGUCACUCAGUCCUUUGUGGGAGAGUUGUCAGAUCUCCAGUUCUGGUCCAGGGUAUUGACAUCCAGUGAGAUCUACAGCCAAGCAACCUGUGGAGGCCACCUCGUUGGUGAUGUCAUGUCAUGGUCGGAGGAAUCGGUGGAGCUCCACGGAGGCCUCACUGAGCUUUCUUUUGAUCCCUGCCACUAAAGAUGGACAGUGAACCCCGACCCCCGCUGUAGGAUCAUCAUGCUAGAGUAAUUGAUAUUGAUAUUUGAUCAUGGAUCAAGCAUGAAGCAAUCAUUUAUUUCAUUUCUCGCACUGUGUGUCCAUCAUAUUGGUCAGCAGAACUUUAAUAAUACAAGCUCAGCUGUGGGCCAUAAGCAGUGCAAGGACCUUUGUUGGUUUUUCAAUAUUUUUGCCAUUCCUGCUGGAUCCUUCUGCCUUGUCCACCUACACCCUCACUUCCUCCCUCGAAUGUGCUCAGCAGGACACCUUUGAAGGCUCCAAAGAGUGCAGGGCUUUGGAUUUACUGGCUGCAUGCUCAUGACCGCAGCUCCUCUAAAGGAUACAGCACACAUAAUAGGAUUUCUUUCCAUCAGAACAGGCCCAAAGGUUGCUGGUUUGCCAUUAACUGUCUUGCACUAGUUUGUUUGGCUUGGUUUAUGAGCAACACAGACAUUACAGCAGAUGAAAAAGACGCUAAAAGCAGGGCUUACACACCAAGUCACACAGAAGCCUGAGUGAGGAUCUGUGCGUGUUGCUAAAAUACUAAUGGUAAGAUGCUGCUGCAGUACAGGCAAAUAUGGCAGCAUGUUAGCACAGCAUACUGAUGUUGGUUUUGCACAUUGAGAUUUGGCAGACUCUUCUUUGAUAUUAGUAUUUCAUAUUGAAAACUCUACAACAGAUUUUUUUUUCUUUUUUGUAGAAUUUAAAUAUAACAUGCUUUUGUUCAUAACAGUAAAUCCUGUGUUUUGUCAGUGCAGCACUGAAACUAUUUGAACCUUUGGUUUUUCUUCUGUGAUUGAAUCAUUGUGAAAAGCUUAUUACAUAAGAGAAAAACAGCUCAAUGUCAGACGCGACACCUUCCAGCCACGAGCUGCAUCAAUCCAGGUUAACCGGCCCUCAACGUGUCACCGCGCUAAUGCUGCUGUCUCCUUGGCCAACCACUGGCUUACUCUGGGAUUUACCUGUGAACAACUGAUCUGAUCCUGCCUAUUUCCAACCAGCUCAAACCACAUGGCAGAGUCACACAGGAGAGUCGCACACAGGAACUAAACGUGUAAAAAGACACUGCUGAUCUCACGCUAAUCGUUUGUAGCUCCACUUUUAUUGUUUUAUAACAAGAGUUUUUUUGUACAUGUAAAUCAUAUAAGAUAGUCUGUUUUUAAUGAUGAAAAUAAUUUAUUAUGGUUUUUCUUGCACUGUAAAUAAGUGCAUAGCACUUUCUUAACUUUUAUUUAACCCUGUGUUUGUUUAUAAAGCACAUCUUUGGAAAUGAACUGUUACAUAUUUGUUGAGUAGAGCCCUCCCAUCAUCCACUGAAUUUAAUUCAGCAGAAAAAGUCACCUCACGGCACUUUAUAUGUCGGGCUUUUAGCCCAGGAUAAACAGAAAUCUAGAUAGAACCCUUUGUUGUUUAGGACCAAUAUCUUGUUCACUCUUUGUUUGAUUGUAAUGCCAAGAUGAGCAGAACUUUAAAAACUGUGCUCCUGUUUUCUUCUUAUGAUAGUGGGCCAAAUGCAUGUGACAUUGUUUUCAUAUGUUUGUUCUUAGACUUGAAACCUCCUCCUCCACCUGCUACCAAAGUGUGUAGUUUGUAAGCUGAAUGUUGACAUGCAUCAUUAACAUAAAUACUUGCUUAUCCUCACCUUCAGUGCAUAUUUUAAUAGUUUCUUUUUGUGUGUCUUUUGCUGUACAUAUGCAAACUAUAAUAAUCUGUUCAAUCCACCAUCCCUUCCUACAUGUGUAAGCCAAAACUACAGCAUAAACUGAGUUAUAAAACUUGAAAGAGGAAAAAAAUGUCCUAUAAAUGCUGUCAAAUAUUUGUAAAUGUGUCAGUAUUUUGAAUAAAACUAUUUCAGAUAUGUCAAGAA